AUGGCCCGGCUCUUCCGGGCAUCCUGCCUUCUCUCCCUGCUCCUGGCCGGCUUCGUUCCGCCGAGCCAGGGACAGGAGAAGUCGAAGACGGACUGCCAUGCUGGUUACGUUGAACUGAAUGCACUGCAGGAAGAGCUUGAACCAUUUGGUCUGGUCAUUCUGGGCUUCCCCUGCAACCAAUUUGGAAAACAAGAACCAGGAGAGAACUCGGAGAUCCUAGCCUCCCUCAAGUAUGUUCGACCAGGUGGGGGCUUCAUCCCCAAUUUCCAAUUGUUUGAGAAAGGCGAUGUGAAUGGGGAGAAAGAGCAGAAGUUCUACACGUUCCUGAAGAACUCCUGUCCUCCUACUUCGGAGCUCCUAGGCUCACCUGGCCGCCUUUUCUGGGAACCCAUGAAGGUCCAUGACAUCCGGUGGAACUUUGAGAAAUUCCUGGUGGGGCCAGACGGCAUCCCCAUCAUGCGCUGGUACCACCGCACCACGGUCAACUCUGUCAAGAUGGACAUCCUGACCUACAUGCGGCGGCGGGCAGUCAUGGAAGUCAAGGGGAAGUAA